AUGAGGGCAGCCGCGGGGACCGCCGCCGGCUUGCUCUUCUUCCUGGGCCUGAGCCAGUGGGGCUGGCCCGCCGAUGCGGCCGCUUGCCAUGGGUGUUCAUCUGGACCCAAGUGUGACUGCAGUGGAAUAAAAGGGGAGAAGGGAGAGAGAGGACUUCCAGGUUUGGAAGGCCACCCAGGUUUACCUGGAUUUCCUGGAGCAGAAGGACCUCCUGGGCCUCCAGGCCAAAAGGGUGAUGACGGUGCUCCUGGGCCAGUGGGCCCGAAGGGAAUCAGGGGGCCCCCUGGACUUCCUGGAUUCCCAGGGACACCAGGUCUUCCUGGAAUGCCAGGCCUUAAUGGAGCCCCAGGACCUCAGGGCAUCCCAGGGUGCAAUGGGACAAAGGGAGAACGUGGAUUUCCAGGCAUUUCUGGUGUUCCAGGUUUACCAGGUCCCCCAGGUCCUCCUGGGAUCCUAGGGAUGAAGGGGCCGCCGGGAAGUAUAAUUCUGUCCACACUGCCGGGCCCGAAGGGGGACCCAGGCAAUCCAGGGCUUCCAGGAAGACAAGGCCCAGCUGGUGUGACUGGAAGUCCAGGUCCUCUUGGUUCCCCCGGCCUACCAGGGUGGAUGGGGCCUCCUGGGCCACCAGGAAUUCAAGGACCAAAGGGGAAUAUGGGCUUGAAUUUCCAGGGCCCCAAAGGUGAAAAGGGUGAACAAGGGCUGCAGGGCCCACCUGGCCCCCCAGGGCAGAUCGGGGAACUGAAGGGAUCAAAUGAGACGGAGCUGCUAAAAGGAGAUCAGGGUGCUCCGGGUGACCGAGGCUCACCUGGACUUCCUGGGCUCCGUGGGCCUCCUGGUCUUCCUGGUGGUAUGAAGGGUGAAAAAGGCCAGCAAGGAGAACCUGGCCAGAAAGGUAGGCCAGGCAGAGAUGGAGCCAGUGGCCCCCCGGGCAUGCAAGGCUUGCCUGGUGAUCCUGGUAUUCCUGGUAAACCUGGAAGGAGUGGCGAAAAGGGUCAAAAAGGUGAUACUGGCCCUGCCGGCCCACCUGGACUUGUAAUUCCUUGGCCUGGGACUGGCGAAAAAGGGAACCUGGGCUUGCCUGGUUUGCCUGGAGAGAAAGGAGAUCAAGGAUUCCCUGGGGUACCAGGUCUAUCUGGCCUUCCUGGGCCUCCAGGGAUCACUGUCACAGGCCCUCCUGGACCCCCUGGCUUUCCUGGGGAAAGGGGUGAGAAGGGAGCUAAAGGUCUGCCUGGCAUUGCCAUACCCGGACAGCCUGGACUUGACGGGCGACCUGGGGUUCCUGGUCUCCCUGGGACUCCGGGCAAACCAGGACCUCAUUUCCCUUCUAAUGGUGAGAUAUGUGAAAAGGGAGCUCGGGGCCCACCAGGAUCUCCAGGGGACAGAGGAAUGCCGGGAGAGCAAGGAGUGAAAGGAGACAAGGGGGACACCUGCCUCAACUGUAUUGAAAUUGGCCUUCCUGGAUCUCCAGGGCAGCCUGGUCUGCCAGGACCUCCAGGUCUUCCAGGAGUUCGUGGUUCCCCUGGGCAGAAAGGUGCCAAAGGAAAUGUCGGUGCCACUGGGCCGGUAGGCUUGCCAGGCCUUCCAGGAGUUCCAGGUACCUCAGGAUUGCCAGGUCCAAAAGGAAGUCCAGGGGAUACUCUCACUUUCCCAGAAAUGAAGGGUAACAAAGGAGAUGCUGGUUUCCCAGGGGCUCCAGGGAUUCCUGGUUUGCCUGGCACUCCAGGACAAGAUGGCUUGCCUGGCCUUCCUGGCAUCAAAGGAAAACCUGGUGGCUUUGCUGUAAAAGGUGAAAGAGGUCUCCCUGGGAAGCCAGGUUUGCCAGGUCUCCCUGGGAACAGAGGGCCAAUGGGUCCUCCUGGUUUGGGUCUACCAGGCCCUGCGGGUGAAAAAGGCAUCCAAGGCGUGGCAGGAAAUCCAGGUCCCCCAGGAGUCUCAGGUGCCAAAGGUGAUCCAGGUCUGACUAUAUCCCAACCAGGGCCUCCUGGCUUGCCUGGCCUACCCGGCAGGGAUGGUGAUGUAGGUCUUCCAGGUGACCCAGGACUUCCAGGGGUGCCAGGCUUGCCAGGAAUCCCUGGUAGUAAAGGGGAACCAGGUAGCCCUGGCAUUGGUCUUCCUGGACCACUAGGUCUCAAAGGUUACCAGGGAAUGCCGGGGCCUCCAGGAAUCCCGGGGGCACCUGGAAGACGUGGUCUACAAGGCUCUCCUGGGCAUCCCGGCCUCCCAGGUCCAAAGGGAGAGCCAGGGCUUGGCCUGCCUGGGCCACCUGGGCUCAAGGGACUCCCAGGUCUCAAAGGAACACGUGGUCCAAAAGGCAGUGCUGGCUUCCCAGGGCCCCCAGGCAUCCCAGGGCUCCCUGGCUUGGAUGGGCUGGCUGGGCCAAAAGGUGACCCCGGAACAGUUGGGCAGCCUGGACUUAUAGGUCCUUCUGGGCCACCAGGAAUUGGUCGUCAGGGACGUCCAGGACCACCAGGAAUUCCUGGACCUCUAGGUCAACCAGGCUUGCCGGGAGCUCCAGGAGGAAAGGGAGACCCAGGACCCCCUGGGUUUGAUGUCUCAGGGCCUCCUGGUGAGAGAGGCCCUCGAGGAAUUCCUGGGACACCUGGUAUCAUGGGGCCUCAAGGUUCCCCAGGGCCCCUGGGACGAGAUGGUGCCCCUGGGCUUUCAGGUGCUAAAGGUGAAAUGGGGAAGCUGGGGCCUCCAGGACCACCGGGACCUUUAGGAAUUCCUGGAAGGAAUGGUCUUCCUGGCUUGAAAGGUGAGGAUGGUUUGCCGGGUCAGGCAGGAUUUCCUGGUCCUGUAGGACAAAAAGGUGGAAAAGGCGAGCCUGGCAUUCCGGGCCCUCCUGGACAAGUGGAUCCAAACUGUCAGACAGUAAAGGGGGAGAAGGGAGAACCAGGCUUACCAGGCAUUCCUGGAGCAUUGGGUUCCAAAGGCUCCCAAGGUAUUCCUGGAGACCCAGGACAACCUGGAUUGGUUGGACAGCCUGGUUCCCCUGGACCACCAGGCCCCAAGGGAAACCAAGGCCUUCCAGGGCGACCAGGACCAAUAGGCCCUCCUGGAUUAAAAGGACGCAUAGGAGACAUGGGAUUUCCAGGUCUCCAAGGUGUGGAAGGGUCUCCAGGGAUGCCUGGAGUUGCUGGCCAGCCUGGCUCCCCAGGAUUUCUUGGACAAAACGGAGAGAAAGGAGCUCCUGGGGUUGCAGAAAUUGGUCGCCCAGGUCUCCCAGGUCCCAAGGGUGAUCCUGGCCUGCCUGGGUACCCAGGUACUCCUGGCACUCAAGGUGCCCUGGGAGAUAUUGGUUUGCCUGGUGCUCCAGGGAGCCCUGGGGUAAAAGGACAGCCAGGCUUGCCCGGAUGGCCAGGUACUACAGGCCUUCCUGGACCCAAAGGUCUGGAUGGCCCACCUGGUAACCCUGGUAUCCCAGGACAGUCUGGUCCUGUAGGCAGUCAGGGCCAUCCUGGUUCCCCAGGAUCUCCAGGAGAGAAAGGGAAACCUGGUCAAGAUGGGAUUCCUGGGCCAGCUGGACAGAAGGGUGAACCAGGUCAACCAGGAUUUGGAUUCCCAGGACCUCCAGGAAUCCCAGGAUUUCCUGGUGAGAAGGGUGAUGAAGGUUCACCAGGCACUCCAGGAAAGCCUGGCCCUCAAGGCCCAAAAGGUGAACAGGGCUUUCCUGGCUUCCCUGGCAUACGAGGGCCUCCAGGUUUUCCUGGCUCUCCAGGUCAAAAUCGAGAAGGUCCCAAAGGGAACCGUGGGCCUCGAGGUCAUCCUGGGAGACCAGGGCCUAGAGGUCCCUGGGGUGACCCUGGAAACAGACGAGUGAAAGGAAAGAGGGGAGACCCGGGCCCACCUGGGAAGCAUGGUUUGCCUGGUUUCAAAGGAGAACAAGGCCCACCUGGGCCCCAGGGCGAUCCUGGGCAGCCAGGGCUCAUUGGAAUGAAGGGAAAUCCUGGCAUCCAAGGGAUCCCGGGAUUCCAAGGGAUGAAAGGACCUGCUGGUGCUCCUGGUUCAGCCGGCCCUGCAGGGGAUCCAGGCCCUAGAGGUCCUUCAGGUCCCCCUGGCUUUCCUGGUCCCUCUGAGCAGGAUCUAAUAGUCAAAGGAGAUAUUGGACCUCCAGGACUACCGGGCCAGCCAGGAUUGAAAGGUCUCACGGGGAUCCCAGGACCCCAAGGCUUGCCAGGUCUAACUGGCCCACCAGGAGACCCUGGACGUAAUGGACACCUUGGUGUUAAUGGCCCAGAAGGCCACAAAGGAGACCCAGGCCCAUCAGGCCAACCAGGUAGCCGUGGAAUAGACGGUACCCCAGGACCAGAUGGCUUGCCAGGGCUACCAGGUCCCCCGGGAACCCUUUCUCUUGGCCAUGGAUUUCUCAUCACACGUCAUAGCCAGACCACAGAUAUACCACAAUGCCCCCGAGGAACUGUCCAGAUCUACAGAGGGUUUUCUCUCCUGUAUGUGCAAGGAAAUGAGAGGGCCCAUGGCCAAGACUUGGGGACGUCUGGCAGCUGCCUCCACCGCUUCAGCACCAUGCCUUUCAUGUUCUGUAACAUCAUCAAUGUAUGCAACUUUGCCUCCAGAAAUGACUACUCUUACUGGCUGUCCACUCCCAAGCCCGUGCCAGUGACCAUGGAGCCACUGAAGGGACAAAGCAUCUUGCCAUUUAUCAGUCGGUGCUCAGUAUGUGAAGCCCCAGCAACAGUGAUUGCCAUUCACAGUCAGACCACGCAGAUCCCUCAUUGCCCACGGAGCUGGGACUCUCUCUGGAUUGGUUAUUCCUUUAUGAUGCACAUGAGUGCUGGUGCAGAGGGCUCUGGCCAGGCCCUGGCCUCUCCUGGUUCCUGCCUAGAAGAAUUCCGUUCAGCCCCCUUCAUUGAAUGUCAUGGAUGGGGAACUUGCAACUACUAUGCCAACUCCUACAGCUUCUGGCUGGCAACUGUGGAGGCAUCAGACAUGUUCAGUAACCCACAACCAGAGACACUCAAGACAGGAGACUUGAGGACACGCAUUAGUCGAUGUCAAGUUUGUAUGAAGAGGACAUAAAAUCUCGGAGAAUUCUGGGGAGGAGGAUGAUAUUUGUUUGAAUGGAAAAUUCCCAGGGUGCACUGUUUCUGCCCCACCAAUGGUGCUACUAUAAACAGCCAAAAAGAGGGCUGUUUACCGUCCAGAUCCAGAUGUACCUCUGUGAAAUGCUGGAACAAGCCUUCUCCCUUGCAUGUUUGACAAAAGGAACAAAGAAAAGAAUGGACCUCUUAGACCCAGGGAAAAUGCAAAUGAAGACUGCUUUUGGCCCACAAACUAAAACGGCCUUUUUUUUAAAAUCAGCUAAGACAAGAACCACAUUGAAUAUGUUUAAAGUAACAAGACUGUAGUUUUUUUGGGGGGAAAAAACAUUUUUCAUGGUGCUACUAACUCUCCUAUAUCUCAAGUUAUUAAUAUGAAAAUGGUAAGCUUAUUUCUCUGCAGAAGUAAGGAAUAUGUGUAUUGUGUUCAAACUGUCAAGUCAUUUAGAUGUGAAGGCAGUGGAAGAUGCCUAAUCCCGCACAGCAGCCAGAGGCUCUAGCGGUGUUUGGGGGCAUCCAGUGACUCUCAAUUGUCGGUUUCUCUGUAGUUUUCCCAUUCCCCUACCCCCUUCUGAUGUGACUUCCUUUUAGAAAUAGAUGAUUUGAGUAAUUACUUUCAUCAGGAUUUGAAAUGUUCAUAUAAUGUAUGAUAUGUCUAAAGAUGCCUGUUGUCUUGCUCUGGAAAAUGGAGUGAUUUCUUCUCCUGGAUCCAAAGCCCUAUUUAGAUGGCCCUCAUGGCAAAUAUUUGCUCAUUCUAGGCUGGAUAGAGCUCCCUCCCCCCUCCCCCCCAUUAUUCUUUUCCCUCUGCUUCCCGCCCUAGAUUCUUUCUGUUCUGGUCUGUGCUGAGCAGGAGCUGAAAAGCCAAUACUUGGUUUCCACACGUGCUGUUACUUUACUAUUAUGAUUUAAACACAAUUUCAAAUAAAGAGC